GACAACACCUCACCACGCCUGCGCACAGAAAUACAAGAUGGCGGAGAGUGCGGAACUGAAGCAAAUGGUGAUGAGCCUGCGGGUGUCGGAGCUGCAGGUGCUGCUGGGCUACGCUGGGCGCAACAAGCACGGACGCAAGCACGAGCUGCUGACCAAGGCGCUGCAUCUGUUGAAAGCCGGCUGCAGCCCCGCCGUGCACAUGAAGAUCAAAGAGCUGUACCGACGACGCUUCCCUGCCAAAAUGGUUUCCCACUCGGAGCUGGCCCUCCCCGGGCCGCAUCACCCGGCCACAGCUGGAGUGGUCGGAGGAGGGGGAGCAGCGCUGCCGGCCGGCCUGACACAGCUGGCGUACGAGGGUCACGCCGGUCACGGUGGAGCCCCAUCGCCUGCCGCCUUACUGCCCCUCUCGCUGCUCGGCCCUGGGAAACAUGAGCUGACCGGCCUGACGCACCACCUGCCCACUUCAGCCACGCUGCAUCCGGUCCACCCGGACGUCAAGCUCCAGAGGCUGCCCUUCUACGACAUGCUGGACGAGCUCAUCAAGCCGACCAGUUUAGCGUCAGACAACAGCCAGCGGUUUCAGGAGACGUGUUUUGCCUUUGCAUUAACGCCGCAGCAAGUUCAGCAGAUCAGCAGCUCGAUGGACAUCUCGGGGACCAAAUGCGACUUCUCAGUCCAAGUUCAGCUGCGGUUUUGCCUGUCGGAGACGAGCUGUCCUCAGGAAGACCACUUUCCCCCAAAUCUGUGUGUGAAAGUCAACGGGAAGCCAUGCAACCUGCCGGGUUAUCUUCCUCCAACCAAAAACGGCGUCGAGCCCAAGCGGCCCAGCCGGCCCAUCAACAUUACCUCACUGGUCAGGUUGUCGACCACCGUCCCCAACACCAUCGUGGUGUCGUGGACCGCUGAGAUCGGAAGGAGCUACUCCAUGGCGGUGUACCUGGUGAAGCAGCAGUCGUCCACGGUGCUGCUGCAGAGACUACGGGCGAAAGGCAUCAGAAACCCAGACCACUCCAGAGCGCUCAUCAAAGAGAAGCUAACAGCAGAUCCAGACAGUGAAAUAGCCACAACCAGCCUUCGAGUGUCGCUGCUCUGCCCGCUGGGGAAGAUGCGGCUGAUGAUCCCGUGUCGGGCGCUGACAUGCUCCCACCUGCAGUGCUUUGACGCCACGCUCUACAUCCAGAUGAACGAGAAGAAGCCCACCUGGGUGUGUCCUGUCUGUGACAAGAAGGCCCCCUACGAGCACCUCAUCAUCGACGGGCUUUUCGUGGAGAUCCUGAACAGCUGCAUGGACUGUGAUGAGAUCCAGUUUAAGGAGGAUGGCAGCUGGGCCCCCAUGAGGUCUAAGAAGGAAGUGCAGGAAGUCUCCUCUGCCUCCUAUAACAACGGGCUGGACGGCUCGUGUCGGACGUCCGCCGGCUCGGAUCAGAGGAGCUCCUCGUCGUCCAGCCACGGCGGCAGCGACGGCAGCAACAGCAAGAAGGUGGAGGUGAUCGACUUGACACUGGACAGCUCCUCGGAGGACGAAGGACAGGAUUCGCCGCCUCCGCCUCCCCCGCCGCUGCCUCCUCCAGUCAAACGAGCGUGCCCCUCUUUAUCCCCGACCUCGCCACCCGUCAUCAACAAAGGCAGCAGCGUGCUGAACCUCCACCACCAGGCCUCUCCUGUCAGCCGAACCCCCAGCAUGCCAGCCAUGGACACCAGCUACAUCCCUCCUGUCCCCCCACUCAUCCAGGACUACAGACCCUACUACCACACCCCCAACGACCUGUCAGAGUUGAACUUCUUCUCUUUUCUUCAAGGCGACAAUCAUCAGCAUUACAACAUGGUGAUGGCGGCGGCGGCUGCUGCGUCGGCCUCAGACGACCACGAGCUUCUCCUCAACCGCUUCCUGCCCUACAGCACCUCCUCCUCCGCCUCCCAGCUGUUCCUCGACCAAUCGGGCGCCUCCUCGGCCGCCUCGCUGACCGCGCCGACCAACGGGGCGAGCAACUCGGGCAGCAGCAGCAGCCUGGUGUCGUCCAGCAGCCUCCGCGACACCCACUCCUCGCACUCGUCCUCGCACUCGGGCUCGCACUCGGCGCACACGCACCCGGGGGUGGUGGCCAGCCGGAGCAGCGCCGAAGCUGCGGUGGCGGCUAUUUACGGCGGGAUACCGGACGUUAUAUCGCUGGACUGACCCCAGAACGAGCCUCUGGGCCCGGCCGCAGCCACAGACUGACUGAAGGGGAAGGUGUUGAUCCAGGAACUAGACUGGCCCCAGGUCCUCAGACUGAACACUUCUGGUGUCGUUGCGAUGAGACUGCCUUGAGAAGAGCGCUAACGAUGUGAGUAACGAGCUGAAAGGUUCCUCCGCUGGCUGACCUGAGAACAGACACCUUAAAGCGGUCAGCUGUGACUUCAGAUCCUGUCCAGCAUGUGAACCCACGUUUCUGCUAUUCUGGUACCAACCCGGCACAAGCAGCAGCAACGCAGAGGAGGAAGGCUCUUUUUUUUACAGACAGGAGCGGCACCGUGUACAGAGAACAAAAUCUAUUUUCCUCUUUUACUUUUGUAUGUUCGAUCGGGACGUUUUCAGUCUAGUGAGCUGCUUCGGUCGCCGUUUGUACGUGGAGGACGGACUCGUUUGUUCUUUUUGUUCUCCUCUCACACGAGCUUAUACAUAUGCCUGUUGCCAUCUGCUCACCUUCUCUUUCAGCUCCUUUGACUUUUCCAUUUUGCAGUUCUCCCUCCUUUUCUCUCAGAUUUCCGCUGUAUUUUUUCUCUACCAAAAGACUUUUCCAGACGCUGAAUCUACAGUUUAUUCAUGUGCUGAUAAUUUUAUUAUGCUUUUAAGUUAUGUACGAUAUUUAAGCAGUUCUAAAUAUAAAUAUAUAUAAAUAUAUAUGCAUUCCGUUUGACCUUCAGGUUACCGCUGUAGGGAGUGUGUAGGUGGAAAUUAGCCAUUUCUGGUUUUUCAUUUUCACUCCUUCAUUUCCUUUUUGAAGACUCUGCCGGCAUUCAGCAUUUAGAAAUGAGACUAUUUAUACUUGCCAACUUAGAGUUUUGAGCUGGAAGAGUUUUCAUUUGUUUUCCUUUUUUUCUCUCUCUCUUUUUUUUUGCACAAUGCCAAAAAAAAAAAUAGCGCACGGUACGUAUGAAAAGUAAUGGGAGUGCAGUCGCAUCUGUGUGUGCCACAGUGUUUUCAGUCGAGUGUCCGCUGCUUCAGACACUUCAGCUCUGUCCCUCUGUGUCUCGUCCUCUCAGCCGACUGUUAAAAAGGAAUUAAAGGUCGAGCUGUCGUAGCAGCGCCGGCCUUUUAAAGACACCGGCGUCCGUAACGUGCGACCGAGGUUCGACUAGUGCCUGUUUAUGUGCGUGAAAUUAAUGUCUUAAACGGUCGCCCACAACCUCCACUUCAUCUCGUUUCCUGAAGAUUCGACCUGCGACUGGAGCAGGGGUGUCAGGUUCCACAUCCAGCCCAGUAAAAUCACAGCAUAAUGAACACAACUGCACCUUUUUCCUUUAUUCUAGAGCAAAGAGAUCCAUUCUGAAAAUGUUCACAAUUAAGGAAUUGUCUUUUUACAAGAAACCUGAAGUUUCUUAAGAUAAAUUAGUAAAAUCUCAACAAUGUAAUUCUUCAGUCCAUCAUUUACACGUUACAGCUUCCAGAUCACGGUGGUUCUGUAAAGACAUAAAACGUUUAGUCACAGAUAUCUGGAACUGAUGAUAUAGUGUUUUACUUGUUGAUUAAAAUGAUAAAAGUCAGACAAAAAACAAGACAAGAUAUGACAAAAUUGAGACACAAAAUGACAAAAAUGAGACAAACGACAAUAAUGAGACAAAUAAUUUGAAAAGAAAGUUGCAAAGCAACAAAAGAUUGGACACAAAUGAGACAAUAAAUGGAAAAAAAUAGACAAAAAGACACAAGCGAGACAGAAAGGAAACACAAAAGUGACAAACAUGAGACAAAUGACAAAAGUCAAACAAAAAACAAAACGAGGCACAAAAUGACAAAAGAACAAAGAACAAUCUGGUGUUUUACUUUAUGAUCAAAGCAACUUAUGGCCAAGAAAUUACUUAAAAUUUAUAGUUUUACUCAUUUACAAUCUGCAGUUAAUGUCUUCUCUGUGAUUUUUACACUUUGAGGGCCGGAUUGGACCCUCUGGAGGACCGCUUUUGGACCACAGACCUCAUGUUGGACACCCCUGAUCUGUGGUUUUAUCUUUAGGCUGUGAUAAAGCGUUGAAUCGUGUAAACAGGCUGUUUAGUGCCACAGAUAUAAAGUCUCAGCUUAGAGCCAGAGGAUUUAAAACGUGUGGAGCUUAAAAACCCGCUGAACCGUCGCCGUGUGACGGUGUGUUUGUGUCAAAACGAUGCGCAGAUUUCCGGAUACCUCGAUGUUGUCGCCGUCCGGCUGAAAGCGCAGGGUUUCCCUCAUGAAUGUAUCGUAUAAUUUGAAGACUGCUGGUGGCCUUUGCUUCCGUCACAGCAGAGACCCGCUGGUUCCAUCCUGCAGCCGCUUCGUCCUUCAAACUUCCCCCCGUCGUCGGUCCGUCUUCGAUGUUAAACUUCCAGACGUCAGAGACAGGAAGCUGAAUUAUUCCCCCCGACACGACCAGAUAAUCGCUUCUGACAGGAGCUCCGUCACCUCACAUCCCUCCACUCAACCCACGGUGACCUUUCCUCCUCGUUCUCCUCAUGAGAGCCGAGCUGUCGUCUUACCGGAACAAGUCUUUGUGUAUUUCCUGUGUUGUGCAGUAUUUUAUUUAUUUUGUACUCUUAUGUCUAUAUAUUAUAUUUUUACAGAUGAUUGUGAGAAUCGCCGUCACUCGGGAGGCUGAUGUGAUUUUAUUUAAUGUCGUUAUUCUUUGCCAGCAGCACAGCGUCUCAUCAGAAAGGUAUUGUUCGGUUCUUCACGGUGGGAAAAAUGUGCGUUUUCUGACGUCGGUCGCAGUUUAUAAUAAGGGAACAAAAGGACAUGCUUAAUUAAUCUGAGCGUGAUUCAUUGUGUGAAUGGAUUCAGGACGAGUCCCCGCUGCUCACCGGUAAGAAAUGAGUUGAUGUGUUCGUUUAGCACGUAAUUGAUCAUCAAUUAAUGAUUAAGUGGCUUCAUGCAUUCAUUUAGAUGUUCCCACGUCGGCUGGAAUCCAGAGCAGCGUCGACUCAGACACAAAUAUGAAGCUGAACUCACAUGCAAACGUUGACAUCAGCUGACAUAAAGUAAAAAAAAUCCAGAUGAUUUCCUGAAGUAAUGGUACCAAGAGUGUAAAAAAUAUUCCUUUGCAGGCAAGAUUCCGGAAUGAAUCGAGUACAAAAGCAGCAAAAUGUAGUAGAAGCAAUAAAAUAAUGGUCCUGGUUUGUUCCGUCUGAUUCAGCCUCCCAGAGCAGCUCACAUGGAGGCAGACUCUGAAAUCUCGAUGUUUUUAACUUUAUUACACUGAAACAUGUCUGUCUGUUAGCCAAGACAUGCUAGUUUUAGUGCACUCGGCAUCUUUCAACAACAACAGCAAAGAUUUCUGUUCAGAACCUUUAGAAAAUACACAUGCAAGUUUGUGAAUGUGACUUCAGUGGCUGUCUGAAUUAACAGCUUCGUAUUUCUGAUGAACAGCUGCUGUUUUCUGACUAAAAUGACGUCUUUUCUGUCUUUCCCCGUUCAAACAAAAGUGUCCAAAUUUGCUACCGCUGAAAUUUGCCGAUGGCCUUCGUGAAUCGUUCCUCUGAAAGGAAACAUAAAUCCCAGUGAAUCGGCUAAAAACACCAGAUAAACAGGGACUCAUUACUGUGCAGCUCUAUUCCAGCUGAUUUGGUUGCGCUGUCGGUUACCAUUAGUUGAUGAUUCCUUAACGGGGUUUUGCCUGCUGGAGGUUUUCAUUCGUCCUGAAGAGGUUUUUUAGCCAGCAUCCAAGGAAAACAAGUAGAGAAUAAAAUAGAAAUUCAAAUUUUGGACCAGUUCUGUUCAUUGGGAUUUUAUUUAUUGAAGCAGAAUGGAUGUUUUUGUUUAUCCAGUGCUUGGGAAUAACAGUAAAACGCUUUGAUUUUCAGUCAGAUGCCACCAGCAAAGGUUCUUUCUGAACCUGGAAAGCCCAGACUGAGUGUUGACUUCUCACACAAACAGACAGGAGUUCAUCAUUUCUUCACGGUGAGCAGCAGGAGCUCCUUCAGCUUUUAUCCUAAAGCGCUGCCUGACUUGUUAUCCUGAUGAAGAUGUCGAUCCUUUUGGUUUCCGUUCUGCCACUUUGAAUAUUAAUCAGCAGCUUUUUGACCACGACUUAAUUUAUUGAAUCUUCUGUCCUGGCGCUCGUCGUGCAGCCGGUUACGGUGAUGAAGUGGGAGAACAGACCGUGUUGAAUGUGUUUCUGUUGAAGUGCUCUACAUAGCAGGGUCUUUAUGGGACAUACAGGAUCCUCUGCCCCUCCAUCAGCUGUCCAAAGCUCCCUCCUGUGGUUUUAUUCUCUUAGUUUUAGGGAGAAGCAUAUUGAGUUUUAUUUGUUCCGCUCUCUAACAAGCGUCACAUUGCAUGCAGGGAUGGAGAAGCGCAGGGCUGGAGCCGCCUCCCAGCGUCACUCACACGCAGAAUAUAUAUAAAUAUAUACAUGGAAUAAGGCCACUUCUGUCAUUAAUGGUGUUUUAAAAAAAGAAACUCCACAGGCAACCUGGACAAGCAGCUCAACUCUCCGGUUGUUGGCAAACAAAAGGGAAAAGUCGACGACGUGUAAAUUGUGUCUGUAUGAAACCCGAACGUUCAGAUCCAGACGUGGGUGUUUGAUGUCCGUUUGUAUGUGUGUCAAUUCAGAGCGAGAGAAUAAAAUAAUUUAUAUAUUUUUAGAAAAUGAAAGCUGUACUAUUAUUAAAGAAAAAAAGACUGUGGCCAAUAAAGAGUCUCACACAACUGAAGUAAUCUCAAAGUGGAGUUGACAUCUGCACUCACUGCCUUAAAACAUUCACAGGUUCUGUUUCACGGCUCUAAUCUGAGAAAAAAAAUCAUUUUAGAAAUUUAAAAAGAGGCUUUUCAAGGAGGGAAAGGAGAUGACGGUGUACAGUAGACCCAUGUCAGUUUGUACAAAUAUACCAAGUGAAAAAAAUAUUUAUUACCUGCAUUGGAAGAAAUUGUUUACUUAUUGAAUGUUACUUGUUUAUGUAGAAAAGUUUAGAUGUAAUAAAAUGCAUUCUGCUA